CUGAGGGCAGACUUGCCCUCGGCCUUGGAUGCGGACAAUGACCUGAUGGACAGCAUGGAGGACGAAGAAGUCCAGUCUAUCAUGAUGACCCUACAUCGGUCACAGAGUGAGGAACUACUACUGAUGACACUGUAUAAAAUCAAGGAGAAUCUCGGCAAUGAUGGUGUUGUGAAGGGGUUACUAAGCAGAGAUGUGGUCAGGCACAUUGUUGGGAUAAUGAACAACUUUUCCUCCAGUGCUGGAAUUCAAAAGAUUGGUUUAGAGCUGGUUGAUGCCUACGUAGGACUGUGUCCUGAUGUGUUGGAGGAGACUCAGUAUUCAGACACUGCAUACAGAGUAUUGCUGAAAGCCUUAAAAGACUUUUGUAAGGAUGAGGAAAUUCAGGAGAGAGGAAUAAAAAUGUUCAGCCAUCUGUUAGAGUCAGAGAACUUGAGGAACAGUUUAUUAGUUGAUGACAUGUUCGGAGCUGUGGCUGACCAAUCAUUGAUAGCUAUGAAGAUGUAUCAAUCCAAUGCAAAUAUUCAGAGGUCCAGUUCUGUCAUAUUGCAUCACAUUCUUGAGGAAGAUGCUGAACUUUUAGAAGCCUUUGUUGAUGAAAAACUAGAAACAUUUCUGAAAGACAUGAAAGAAUUCUUAUCAGAAGCUUCUGUGCUUGCAGCCAUGUUUAAAGUCCUUGAAACAGUGGCCCAGGCAGACGACGGUUGUUACCUCCCCUUUCUAUUGUCCCACCAAGUAGACAACUAUGUCCUGGACUCAUUCUGUAGUGUCUCAGCAGAUCAAACGCUCAUUGAGGCGGCGUGUGAUCUUCUCAUGCAACUCAAGAGAGAUGAAACUGUUUGCACCACUCUGUGUUCCACUGACUUCCUGUCCAGUACACUAGUACCACUGAUGACCAGCCACCCUUGUAGUGGGUCUAUUAUGGCAGCAGGGCUACAACUGUUCUGUUUAUUUUGUGAGAGUGUGUUUGCUGAUGUAACAGAUGAUGAGGAAAAUCAACUGAGUAAGCAGUGGUGUGAACUCAUCUUAAAUGCCAUGCUCCGACUGAUGGAUGUCAGAAAUGUACAGAUCUGGAGUUGUAAAGCCAUUGUUGAGUUGUUAAAGGUUUGUCCUAGGGCACACAGUGAGAUUGGAGAAAACAUCGUCAACAACAUACCUCAGUCUCCACUUCACACGAUGUGUGUGGGUGAUAUUCUGACAUACAAGAGAGAUAAGGAGGUGUUUUCCAGUGCCUGCGAGGCUAUGUAUUGGUUGGCAGCUGACCAUGAGCAGAUCUGUGAGAAUCUUGUGGAAAAGAAUGCUUAUAUGGUGGUAAUGGAUGGGAUCAAGCGCCAUUUUAUGUGUCCCCGGGCUGUGGAGUGUGGCUUGAGGGCCCUCAGAGCCAUGAUCAUCUUCCAUAAUGCCAAUAAAAUGAAAUUGGUUGUGGAAGGGAUACAGAAAAAACUCACACAAGCCUUUAACAUUCAUGGGCAUGUGGAUAACGUGAUUAUUGAGUGCAUCAGUACUAUAGCCUGCUUAGCUGAAGUGGAAAUCUUCUGUAAUCAGUGCCUGGUGGAGAAGGUACACAUUCGUAUACUGACCGCUCUAGAGAAAUCUUUUGAGAAUGAACUGAUGCAGGAAGCAGGAUUAGAAUGUCUGUGUGUGUUAUCAGCUGCAGACAAAGCAGCAGAAAUCUUGAAUUCUGUUGGGGCUCUCAACCAUGUUAUACGGACCAUGGAACAUUUCACUGAUGUCUUGUAUAUACAGAGAAAGGGGCUGGUACUGAUCCAGAUGUUGAGUGAACCUUCCAUCAUCAGCAACCUUGACCUCUGCUCUCAGCUUGUCAAGGUCAUUACCUCUACCAUACACAAGCACAAUUCUGAAAUGGGACUUCUGAAAGAGGCUUGUGUUGCUGUACAUUUGAUAUCAGAACUUGGUCCUGAUUUAUGUGAAGAAUUUGUGAAAGCAGGCUGUCAUCAGCUGAUGUUUGAUAUCCUUGCAGAACACAUUGAUCAAGAUUUGUUGGACCUUGCUGGAGAAUGUCUGGUUAUCUUUGGUCUUGAUGAAAAUGUGAAAGCAAACAUGCUUCUAGCCGAGUGUAGGAGAGGAAACCUUGCUGGGGUAGAGAGUUUGCUGGAGAUGGAAGCUAAUGUUAACUUUGUAAACACUGAUGGUGAGACACCUUUAUUGUGUGCUGUGAUGGACGGAAAUGAAUUCAUUGUCAGGAGAUUGUUAAAUAAAGGUAUUAAUGAAAUUAAAGAUGCUUUGAGAACUAGCUUAGAGCUUGGGAACCACAGAAUCACAGGACUGUUACUGGGGGCCCUGUGUCACAAACGAACAAACUUACAUGUACCGUGGAGUGGGUUAGGACUAGGUGUAACAGAUUUUCACUCCGUCUGGUUAGAGAUGGCAGUACCGUGGUCUUUGAAAACAGAAAAAACUGUGUCUACCAGGAGCAAUGAAAACUGUUUGUAUGCUGGCUCCUGGAAACAUAUCACUUCCCGUGUCAAAGAGAGUGAGGCUAAAAGAAAAAGACGCAAGGAGAACCAGUAUCAGCAUUCAAUGAGCGAGUCCAGUAUGGGGACAUACAGACACAAGUUCAGAUACAAGUUCAAACAGAGCUAUGAGGAUCUUACAGAGAUAGAUAGCAAAAUAUACAAAGACAUUGCACGUCGUAACACUAGCCCUGAAGAUGCUCUACUACAUCGGGAUGUCAUCCACUACAGAAAACAGUUGUCUCCCAUUAAUAGCCCCGUCGGCAGUGUCCGUGUGACAGAGGAGCAGCAGAAAUCUAUCGUCUUCUCCUUAGACAGCACAGAGGAGAGUGAAAGUAAAUCCUGGAUGUUUGAAAGUUCUCAUGCUGAGGGACAAGAAUGGAAACAGAUGUCACUGACUGGAGCUAACCUUCCCUACAGCCAGUCUGACCCAAGGAUCAAUCCUUCUGCUCAACUCACACCAGUACCUCUACAGGUACUCAGCACUUGUUUGUUAUUUACAGGACCCUGGUCAAGAAAGAUGCGGAGUCCUUCUCCAUCGCUGACAAGCUCCUACUUGGAAUCCACGAGAGAUGACGUCUUUUAUUCUGAUCGAAGACAUUCCCACACACCUAUCCCCUCUAGUGAUGGAGAAUCUAGCGACGUUGGACGAUACGCCUCAGCAGAUGAUCUAGAUGUUACUGCUGGCUCUGAUGACUCUAGAAGGGAGAAUGAGGCAUCAGAUGCUGGCCUGUUGGUGUCCUUAGAUCUCUCUUCCAAUAAUCUCAGCACCCUGAAUUCCCUCACCAAGUCCAAAGACGACAUCCCCAAAUUCUUCACAGCAGUAGGAAAACUUACCCUUACUGAUAACACCCUAUCUGCCAUCCCAGACAACUUCUUUCAGUCCAUGGAGAGCCUACACACUGUGGACUUGAAGAAGAACAAACUAACCAAGUUCCCUGUGGAGGUCCUGUCAUGCUGUCCUGCCUUGACCUCCCUUGACCUUUCACAUAAUGAGAUAACUCAGUGGAAAUUGGAUUCUCUUAUGCAGUCAAAUCUUAUAGAGCUACACCUUGACCAUAAUGCUUUGUCUGAAAUCCCUCAUAACAUUGGGAAGGUCUUCACUAAACUUGAGGUGCUCCAAAUCAACAGUAACAGCCUGGAUAAGUUGACUGACAAGGACACACUAGGACUGGUCAGCUUAAGGAAGCUGGAAUUGAAUAAAAACAAGCUAGUGGAGAUUCCAGAGAAUUUCCUGUGUGAAUGUCCCAGGAUGGAAGUACUAGAGGCAGCCUUUAAUCAAAUUGAGAAACUGCCCAGUGAGAGAACUGCCAAAUAUCUUCCAAAGCUUGCCCGUGUAAAACUGAGAGAUAAUAACAUCACUGGAAAAGAUCCAUUGUUUAUCCCCAAAUUUAUCCUGGACCUGCCAAUGCUGAAAUUCAUUGACCUCAAUGAUAAUAAGUUGAUGGGCCUACCCAAACCAAUCUCUUGGAAGUCACAAAUGUUGAAAGAGAUCCUAGUGUCCAGAAACCAAAUAUCCAAGAUAAAUCUAGAGGGAGGAAAAGCUUGGAGCAAGCUUGAGUCAUUACAUUUGUCCAAAAAUGGUUUGACUGAGAUACCAAGUGACAUUGGCCAGUUGAGUUCGUUAACAUCUUUAGAUGUGAGUCACAAUCCCCUGACUACGCUACCUGAUGAACUCGGAAAAUGUCAUAAAAUGUGGGAGUUUCCAUUGCAUGGACUUAGCCUAGACCUUGACCCUGGAUUGUUGAAAGGAAAGGUCAAAGACCUGAUAAUAUAUCUACACAAUCGGCUAAAAAAGGCCACAGAGUACUAUAGAAUGAAGCUGAUGGUUAUUGGGUAUGCUGGACGAGGUAAAACCACUCUACUGAGGGCUCUGAUGAAGAAAUACAAGACGCCCCACACUAAUCAGGCCACUGUAGGGGUCAUAGUCCAGGACUGGAAGUAUGAGAGACGUCGUGAAAACAAGGGCACAGUAACAUACACCCUGAGUACCUGGGAUUUUGCGGGACAGGAAGAGUUCUACAGCACACAUCAGUGUUAUCUGUCCAACAGAGCCCUCUAUCUGGUAGUGUGUAAUAUAAAAGGGGGGACAUCUGAAAUUGACCAACUGAAGCCAUGGUUAUGUAACAUCCAGGCAAGAGCCCCAGGGUGUCCUGUUGUCGUGGUGAUGACCCACCUAGACAAGGUCCCUGAGGAAAAACGCCCAGAACUGGUAGACAUGAUGACCGAGAGACUCAACUAUAUCAUUUCUAAAGGAGGAUAUCCAGAAGUCAAACACUGUGAACCAGUGAUAUGUACCACAGAAAAUCCAACUAUAGAUCAGCUGAGAGAAAUUAUCAAAAAAGUUGUAGAUGAGUACAAGGUCAGAGGACAGUUUGUGAUGGGACAGAAAGUACCUGCCAGCUAUGUGAAAUUAGCUGAUUUACUGGCAGAGACAAAGAAGGUAGAGAGUUCGUUCCCUGUGAUAAAACACAACCAGAUGUUGAAGAUUGUUCAGGACGCGGCCCUGGAUCUGGAUGAAGAGGAAUUACAUCAGGCCGUGAGGUUUUUACAUGAAUGUGGAGUACUGUUGCAUUACCCAGAGAAAGCCCUAGAUCUAAGAGACUAUUAUUUUAUUGACCCCGGUUGGCUGUGUAGGAUGAUGGCACAGGUCGUCAACGUACAUCAGAUCAAUCCAUUCAUCAAGAAUGGGAUUUUAAGAAAAAAAGAUGUGAAUUUGCUGUUUACAGGGAAGAAAGUGGAAAAUUUUGUGUUUCCCAGGGAUCUGAUUCCACAGUAUUUAAGGCUACUUGAAAAAUUUGAGAUAGCUCUACCAUACUCUGAUGAAGAGCUUCUGAUUCCUUGCCACCUGCCAGAAAAGAAGCCUCAUCUCAAUAUGCCAAUGUUAUCCAAAAAAGACAAAAUCUGUCGUUACUAUAUGAUGGCUUACGUCCCUUUAGGAAUGUGGUCUCGACUCAUCACUCGCCUAAUUGUCUUCUCUAAAAGUCAGGUCACAGAGGUGUUGGUUGGAGGACAUGAACCAGCCUUGACUUACUGGAAUAAGGGCAUUUUCAUGUUCUGGAGUAGAGAGACAUUCUGUUUAGUGGAUUCUGAGGGGAUUUCAGGAAACAAGGAAGAAAUAGCUAUAACAGUGCCUAUUUCUGGACAAGGGAGAAUGAUCCUCGGUUUAGUAGUAGACCACAUUGAUGGCCUAAUAGAGGAAUGGUACCCAGGUCUGACCACCAUUGACCCGAUGCAGGGACAAGACCUCCUAGAGAAGUUUGUUCCUUGUUUCAUGUGUACAAGAGAUCCACCCCACUUCUUUAAGGUAGAGGACUUGUUACAAACAUCAGAGAGCAGUAAUGAAGUGAUAUGUGACCAGUGUAAUAAUCUGGUGUCUCUCUCACAACUUGCCCCUGACAUUGUGAUGAGUGAUCUCCCCUCACAUCUUCUGAUCAGGAAAUUAGAUUUCCAGGAGACAGCUGCUAACCAGCUGGGAGAUGGAGGCUUUGGUAAUGUGUAUCAGAUGACAUAUCAGGGACAGGAAACAGCUGUUAAAGUCUUCUCUGCCAUAGGAGACAUCCACCCUCAUAAAAUGCUCAGACAGGAGGUGAACGUCCUGAGAUGUCUGAAUCACCCCAGUGUUGUCUCCCUUUUGGGAGUUUCCAUUCAACCACGAGCCAUUGUCUUGGAGUUAGCUCCCUUAGGUUCCAUGGCAACAGUAUUAAAAGGGAAAUACACAGUAGAUAAAAUGGUGCAACACAGGAUUGCUCUGCAGGUGUCGGAGGGCUUGGCUUACCUUCACAAGAUGUUGAUUGUUUACAGAGACAUGAAGCCAGACAAUGUCCUUAUUUACAGUCUGUCUCUCUCAGAAGUGGUGAAUGCUAAGAUAUCAGACUAUGGAAUUUCCCGGUUUUCCACACCUGAUGGUUUAACGGCUCAGGAGGGGACACCUGCUUACAGGGCACCAGAGGUCAUCAGGGGAGAGACUUACUCGUUUAAAGCUGAUGUCUUCUCUCUUGGUAUAACACUGUAUGCCCUGGUUAGUGGAGGACGUCAUCCAUUUGAUGACUAUGAUUACAAAACUGAGAUGGAUCGAGUGAUUGCUGAGGGUCAUCUAGCACCACCCAUAACACAGAAAGGUUGCCAGCCUUGGCCAGACAUGCAGACAAUAAUAACUAGCUGUAUGCAUCAAUCUCCAGACAAAAGACCAACAUCACACCAAGUUUGGGAGAGACUGAAGGAUCCAGAAAUUUUAGGUUUGAAGAGAGUCAUCCCAAUAUCCAAAGGCACAACUGUAGAGUGUUUCACAAUUCAGGAGCAGGAUGAUGGUAAGGUUUACCUGUGGGUGGCCAGUGGGGACUGUGACUACGUACAGCUGUCCAGACUGGACUUAAUGGACCAAACACCAGAGGUCAAGGGAGCCAUGUUUCGGUAUGGAAGGAUACUGGCUCUACAAUCUAUUAGUCAGAGUUAUCUACUGGUUGGUACACAGAUGUGCCGGGUCUGGUUGUAUCAUACACUAAGACAUGAGUUCCUUCAUUGUUCUACACUUCUACCUGAUGCGGUUCUCUGCAUGUUAAGUGUUCAUAUACCAAAGUCUGAGGACCUGAUAUUUGUGGGUCUUGCCAAUGGUACUUUAGCAGUGUUUCCACAAUCAGAAAUACUUUAUGAAUCAAAUGCCUGCCCAAUGUUCCUGUCCCCAGGGAAGAAGCAUGAAGCUGUGCGAUGCCUGGAGGUAGGAGACAGGGGUAAGAGGGUGUACUGCUCCUGUGGAUCAAAGAUAGUGAUGCUGAGUAUCAGAAGGGGCAUAGCCUUGGAGAAAUCAGUGGAGACCAGACGGGACAGUACAAGAUCUGUGCCUAUCUAUGGUCUAUGUGUCAGCAGUAAGUCCCAGGUGUUUGUCUGUCACAAAGGCUCACCUAUCAUACAGGUGUGGGAGAUCUCCAAGGAAAUGCUCAAAGCACAGUUUGACGUCUCCCCUCUGGUUGGACUAAAGUCGACACAGUGUAGGCUUACCUCCCUUGCCUUACAAGAAAAUCAUGGAAUUAGAGAACUGAAUCAUGGAAUAUUGUGGGCAGGGACUGGAGAUGGCAGAAUAAUACUUAUCGACAGUAAAUGGGGGAAAUCGAUCACUUCCUGUCAUAGGUACCGUGGCCCUGUACGUGCCCUGAAAUCUUCCUUUUGUAGAAGUAACAAGCAUGAAAAGGAGAGAUUUUCUGGUGUUCUCAGUGGUGGAUUUGGUUUUAAUGACAACUCUGGUGAGAAAACAACAAAUGACAGAGAUGAUGAAUGUGGCUGUGUGCUUUUGUGGGACAGAGAGUUUGGGAGGAUUGCGAAAGAUUUGGAGUUUGAGGUUAAAAGGCGAGCUUUGUACGUAAGGGGCUCGCAAGAGGGAAAGAUGAGUAAAUCUUUGGAGAAUGUGCUGUAUAAAUCUGUGUUACAACAAAGCGGGAGCACUAAGUCACUUCUGGACAACGUCCAUUGUUUAAAGGAGGAGGACAUUACUGAGGUCAAUCAGGGGUCACCUCAAGUUAAUCCAGGGUCACCUCAAAUUCAUCAGAGAUCAUCUCAAGUUAAUCCGGGGUCACCUGAAGUUAAUCGGUCAUCACUUCAAGUUCAAAAUGGUGAUGAGAAACGGCAACAUCCACCAGAAAAUGAAAUGUUUGAUUCUUUAUGAGAUUACCUUUGCUUUUAUAAUCAUUCAGACAAGAGGCAGCCUGGUGUGAUGUUUUUUUGUAUUUUUAUUCUAGGGUAGUUUGAUGAUUCUUUAAAAGAAGUCAGUUCUUGAUAUUUUUAAUAUUGCCAAAACAGAAAAUAGCACUAUCAUGUAGUAUCCUUUCUGCUUCAUGUAUAGAAGUAAACUUUGCUUCAUGUAGGGUGUUUGUUUUAUGUUUUAUAUAUAUGAUCUAUCUCUUACAUGGAGGGGAUGUCAACAAAAUUUAUCAUAACCAAUGUAAUCAUGGAGAUGUGUGCAUCUGUCAUUAUCCAACCUGUCCUUGAUACCCAUCUGUCACGUUUGUUUACCCCUAGUUCAAAUCCCACAAUAUCUCAGAAACCAAAAAGAUUUGACACAGUGGAUUAAAAAAUGGCUCCCCAAGCGAGCAAAAACAUAAUUUGUAGGAAAGUGGUAGAUUUUUUAACAAGAGUAGUAUACUUCCACUUAAAGCAGUAGAGUUCACGUGUAAACUGUUUGUUUUUAUUUUUUCAAAAAAUGGCAUAAUUGUAUCUUUUUCUAUACCUUUUUUCACUGUGUAUAUAAUAUGUAUAUAAUUUUAAAAAACAAUUGACUCUAAUACAUGUAGAUAUUUAUUCUGAUGGUUGUAUGAUUAAGCAUAUGACAUUGAGUGCAAAUUGUUUGUGUAAUUAUGAAGUACAAAAUUUGUUUUGUUCAUUUUCAAAGCAACAAUUUUUUUGGGGUCUAAAAAUUUUUUUCUGAUUUUAAUAUACAUGUAUUUUGUAGUAAACUUUAACAUCAUGGCAGUUGUGAUUAAAUGCAAGAUAUAUUCAUAGUGAAAUAUUACUGACUUUGAGAUAUUUAAUAACAGAUGUAAGAAAUACUGAUGUAAGUGAUGUUGAAAAUCAUGUUGAUGGUAAUUAAGUGACAAACACAGUUAAUACAUUCUUUUUACAUGUAAUCUUAUAUAAAUACUGCAUGUAGUUGAAAGUAACAUUGAAAAUUUUCACCCCUCGAAAACCAUUGUCAACCGAGGCGCAGCCGAGGUUGACAAUGGUUUUCGAGGGGUGAAAAUUUUCAAUGUUUCACUCAACUACAUGCAGUAUUUAUUAUAUUAUACUGAAUGUUUUAUACAAAUACAUAUUACAGUGAACCUUGCACGCAUAAAUUCUGCGCAGUCAAUAAUUUUUGGAAUAACACCCGUCAUCAAGCAAUGUUAACUGUUGCUAUCCUGGAGGGUGUGGCUUCAUUAUUCAGCGGGUGAUAGUAAUUUUUAACAAAUAUUUCUCGACGAAUCAGAUUAAACUAAUUUACAUGAAAGUAUAAUGUAUGUAAUUAUGUAUUAGUCUAUGUCUAUAGUAUUGUAGUUUAUAUGUAAAUAUAUGUUUGUCUAUGUCUAUAGUCUAAUGUAUGUACUACAUGUUAAUAUUUAUUCUUUGUGGAAUACAGAACCAAAAGAAGUGCAAUAUUGUAUACAGUUGAACUUCAGUAUCUUGAACACUGAUAUCUCGAAUACCAUGGAUAUGUCAAAGUGAUUUGAGAGUCCCAAAUGCUUAUUCCUUAAGUAAUUUACCUUUGGAUAUCUCGAAUCCUUGGAUAUCUCGAAGUAUUUUCUUUGUCCCACCGAGUUCCAGAUAACGAGGUUUGACUGUAGCUAUAAGAGUACGUAAGACUCAAAGGAAACAUUUUCUUUCACUUUUCUUUGUUAUUUUUUUAAAUAUACAUUUUGUUAAACUGUGAUUUGUUCUUGCUGAAUAUUUCAGGGAAGAAGUUGAAAUUUCAAGUAUACACAAGUUAAUCUAUAUACCAUGGAGAAAUAUAAUAAAAAAAAAUCAAUUUA